AUGGAGCCCUUCCCUCCUAUCGAUCAGCCGGAGUUCAAAGAUGCCUUUUUGGGUUCGCAAGUCCAAAUCAAUGAAUUAUCCUCACAGCCGAUGCCGGGCGAAGGACCCCAGAAUCUGAACUCGAAUAUUCGACGUGCCAAUACCAUAGUCCCGGGUGGCAACCUCAAGCGCAACCUAGAGCUGAAGUUCGCACGCGAGCGACCAACAGGGAUAAACGCUAGGAAGAGCCAUGAGAUGUUACGACAGAACAACCUGCAGCGCUCCCAAACACAUCGUGGCACGCUAGAGGCGCUUCCAUCCGGGAGGAAGGCCGGGCACUUCACCGUGAGAAGUGUCGGCCAAAAUGGCAAAAUAUUCCUCAGACCGAUUGCCAAUUCACCCCAGAAAGGACCGCAGCCUGCAUCCUUUUCUCCAGUUGAUACCGCAAAACCCAAUUUCCUUCAGCCGCAGCCUCCUGCACCUGUCCGCGACGAUCCAUCCAGGUGGUCGAGCUCGCAGCUCUCUGAACUAAGUCCGCGCGAACAUCCCGAGGAUACCGAGUCCGUCUUCUCCGAAUGCGCUCCCCACGAACUCUCAACCCAGCACCGCGCCAGACCGAUCUCCUUUUCGACAAUAUCCGAACAGCAAUCGAUCGUCGGGGCUGGAAAGCGCGGAGAGCUGCGAAUUGUGAUCGAUAGAUCGGAAGAUCGCCCCAAGUCUGCGCAUGAGAAUUCAACACCGGACUUGGAGGUCCCCAUCCCUCGCUAUCGGCUCGGGUCGCCACGUUUCAACACCGAUGGUAAUGCCAUGAUACAGAAUUCGGUCUACUCGCGAACCUCAAUGUCGGACCCUUUCAGGAAUUCAACCUUACUCGGAGGGAUGGCAGAUCCACUUCCGGGACUUCACAGUCCAUAUCCUCGAGAUUCUUUCUCGCGAAACCGGCCGUCUUUUGCGAUUUCCAUGUUCUCGGGCACGGCGGCGGUGAUUGAGAUGAACCGAGCUUCGCCGGUUCCAAGGAAUUCCAUGGUCUAUGAAUUGAAGGAGCCGGUCGAGCCAUCUAUAUAUGAAACGUUGGUUUAUGAUAUGGAUGAUGGGUCAGUUGUUCGAUACAUUCCUGGGACGAAAGAUAUCAGCGCGGCCACACCUGCCCGAAUCGUUGCGCAAAUCUCUUCUGAGUCGUUCAUGGAUUAUGAGCUUGUGUCAGACUUCUUCCUUACUUUCCGUUCAUAUCUAUCGACAACACAUCUUUUGGCUCUUCUUCUUGCGCGGUUGAAGUGGGCAAUCAACCGGCCCCAGGACGACGGACGCAUCAUUAGGAUCCGCACAUUUGCAGCUCUGCGACACUGGAUUCUCAAUUACUUUGUUGAUGACUUUGUUACGAAUAACGAACUUCGAACCCACUUCUGCGACACCAUCAACGAAUUAUAUUCCGAUGUCAGGUCUCGCGAGAAUGGCGGCACGAGUGAUCGAAAGAUUCUCAUUGACCUUAAGCGGUGCUGGGAUGGCAAAUGUUCAAUGUAUUGGUCCUCAGCCGACUUGUCUCGCGCAUAUAACGACCCUGAAAUUCCAAUUCUACCUGGAAACGCUCAGAUGGAGCCAUCUCAGGUCACGGAAUUGCAGCAACACAUCUCUCCCUCUGGCAUGACGCCCUAUGCAGACACGACCUUUCGCGAAAGUCUUCCUUUCUCUAUCCAACAUGAUCGCAAUGAUUCUUCUGCAACUGCCCAAAGUAUUCCGUUAUCCGUCAAAAGCGAACAGAGCAUGAUGGCACUAUCAUGUUCAUUGCCACCCAAAUCCCCCAAGCGGUUUUCCAUGUCUGCCUCGAAGGCCAAGGCGCCUCGUCCUGUAUUGUUGGCCCCCACAAAGUCCAAGUCCCCGUCCAGGGCUCACGAACCGCCAAUUCUACCUGCGUCUCCCAUGGCUUCGCGGCAUCCCUACCAAAGCCAUAGUCAUAAAAGAAGUGGAAGUUUCUCGGACUCGGUGCGAGAUGACCGAGUGCCCAUGUUUGCGACGGAGCCAGAAACGGGAUCCGCGCCACAGGAGCUGUUGGAUCCGGUCAGUCUGAUACGCGGAGAGAUGUUUCCUCCUCCAGAAUCAUACAUGACAAUGAUGGCACCAGAAUCUCCUCCCCUUCCCCCUCCAACCAAGAGCACAAACACGGAUCGUCGAAGUACGCCAGAAGUACCCAAGUCCUCAUCUAGCUCGGGUAUGAAAACUAUAAUCGGCUCGAUCAAACGAGCCUUGCACACACGGAACGGUGGACAUAGCGUCUCUGCUCGUAUUGCGAAUGUUAGUGAGGCCAUUUCAUUGCCUUCUCGUGGGAAGACAUCCGCAAUGCCAGUUGGAAUGGCUUUUGGCUCUGAAUUCUACCGUGAGAGGAAGAUGGCUGCUGUUCCGAAAUACCCAGCUCGGAUUGAUCUACUCUGUGACGAGGUCCUCAAACAAUAUCGUCGAGCUAUGAAUAAGGACGAAACGAAAGACCAAACUCAACCGGGAGCUGCGGCUAACCCUGAUCAAGUGGCUCUACAUGAGCCUUCACCUCACAAUACUAAUCUUCUACCGAUGCAAACCCCUCAUGCUGAAUCCAAACUCCGGAGUGGUAUCACUAUGGGAAGCGAAUCAAUCAUCAUCGUUGAUGAUACCGGGUUUGAAAUGCCCUUCAUGUCGGGAGCUGCGCCAGAGCCAAUGGCAAAUGGCGAUGAUAUCACCUACCAAAGGUCGGAAUUUGAACUGCCAGAUGACUGUGCCUCGAUGCAAUCGAUACAUGUGGGAGGCGAACAUCUUCGACCACUUUGCUAUAAUGCCGAUGAAUCAGAAGUGGCAGCUGACCCAAACAUAUUCUACCCUCCUCGCCCUUUCACACCACAGAGAUCGUCCUCCGUCGAGCGUGAAUCAACACCUAUAAAGAAGAACAAAACUUCUCUUUCCCUGCGACUACGAAAGUACGCAUCCUUCCAAAGCGGGAUCUCGAGACAGCGGUCUUCGAUGGGCAGCUCGGUAGCUCCAUCCACUGCAAGCUGUCAUAUUUCACAAGAUCAGAACGACAAAAUGUCGGGGCCGGUUCUUCGCAGGCGCCGAGGCGGAAACCUACGUCAAAUGCAAACCGGAGACGCAUCCGAGCCUCCCAUGCGUCGUGACUCGUUCGCAUCCUGGGAUGACUCGAUUAUGGAUGAAACGGGCUCCUCUGAUGGCGAUAUCACAAGACCUCCUUCGGUUUUGAUUCCUCCGAAUCCACGAUACUCGCUCAUUCAGCCGCGCAAUUCCCGGCCACUGAGGCGUUCAUUCGAGUCGGUCAUUGCCAAAUUUGCACAAAUUCCUGAUGAUGAUGAUGGGGGCAUUGAGUCAACGUUAUUGAAGCUGGAGGGCAAAUGGGAUGGGCCUUCAGGUGCUGACCGAGACUCUGUAUCUCCACAGAUAGGAGAAUCUCACAUCCACAACGAAAAGCCCUUGGUUUCGAAGGGGCUCGCAACGGCCAAGCCUGGAUGGGAUGUUCUCUCUCGCAGGCGACAGACAGACAGGUCUGCGUAUUCUACUGUGGGUGGUCGACUGGCGCCGCCUAGACCGUAUUCUGACUCUGUGGCCGAUUCCGAGGAGUCUUAUAACUCCAUUCCGCUCCUUGAAAGAGGACUAACCGAUGAGACCAUGAAAUGGCAGCCCACGAGCCAUACAUUCCAAUAUGACUCGCAAGGUGCUCCGCUCACUCUCAGUUCCACUCGUGGCACUUCUGAACCUGCCUCCUCGCACCCCUCAAUCCAGAUAGUGCACGAAACCGAUAGCAUGCGUCGCAUUCCUCCCGGCUCAUCCAUUCCGGCCUCAGAUCCUCAUGAUGUUGGCCAGGUUACCCCAAAGCGUUUCUCGACACUGUCCUCUGAGAUGUCAGUUGACAUGAUUGAUCCGCGUGAGGCUAUAGCCGCGAGACAGUCGACAGACACUCGCAGCUUUAGUUCUUCAACUGUAGAGAUCUCAGCUCCCCCUCUAGCCCAACCUCCCUCCCCGCCGAUGACCAUUCAACAUCCGGGAUCUUUCACUUCCUAUCCUUCCCCGUUGAAUACAGUCUUGUUCCAGGCCCAGCCUCUUACACCCGACACAUCCCCCCGCCAUAAAGAAGUGGCCAAUUUUGCUUCGCGUCCUAUCAACAUACAGCAAGUCUCGAGCGAUGUCUUAUUCAAUUCGGAAAACAACCAUCAAGAUCACAACUCCAUCACCAGCUUUGUUCCUGACCAUGUCCCAUUCAUCCUGUCUUGUGAAUCACAGGUUCUUGCCCACCAACUUACAUUGGUCGAAAUGGCUGCCCUGAGUGAAGUCGACUGGCGAGAUCUAGUCGAAAUGAAAUGGAGCAGUGCCUGCCCCUUAGUCACGAACUGGGUCCAGUUCCUCACAGACGAGCAACGCAAGGGCAUCGACUUGGUCGUCGGCCGCUUCAAUCUCAUGGUCAAAUGGAUAUUGUCGGAGAUUGUCCUGACCCGUGACAUCCACGAGCGGGCCCGUACAAUCAUCAAGUAUAUCCAUACUGCUGCACAUGCACGCCGCAUCUGCAAUUAUGCCACGAUGCUCCAGAUUGCUAUUGCUCUAUCCUCUUCGGAUUGCUCCCGGCUGCAGGGUACGUGGCAAUUGAUUCCCGCGGAGGAUAAGCGACUAUUCAAGGAUAUGGAGUGCUUGAUUCAACCGGUGCGCAACUUCAAUGACUUGCGUGUCGAAAUGGAAACCGCCAACUUGCAGGAAGGCUGCAUUCCCUUCAUUGGUCUAUACGUUCAUGAUCUCACUUAUAAUGCUCAGAAACCUGCGCAGGUCAGCAACAACAAUGGUGGUCUGCUCGUCAACUUCGAGCGCUAUCGCACAGCAGCACGAAUCGUUAAGAGCCUGCUCCGUCUCAUCGAUGCCAGCACGAAAUACAAGUUCGAGCCCGUGCCAGGCAUUAUUGAACGAUGCUUGUGGAUUGCCUGUCUUCCCGAAGACGAGCUCCAAGCUCGCAGCAAAGCACUUGAAUAA